ACACAAAACUCAUCCUCUGUGAUUGGUUGUGGCUCAGCAUGCUCCAUUGUUCCAUCAGCCCGUUUGUUCGCUUGGUUUCCUACGCACAAACAAAACUUUCCUACCCGUACUGCGCAAUAUUGGGCUCCUCUGUGCUUCGACAACCCAAAAUAUUGGAAUCUCUGACUUUUUUCUGAGGGGAGAAGGAUCACGUCAGUGCUUUUUUGGCAGGAUGUACAGCUUCAUGGGAGGUGGCUUGUUCUGUGCCGGAAUCGGCAACAUACUACUCAUUGUCUCUACAGCAACUGACUACUGUGUGCCUGGGAAAUGCAUGACACACACAGACAGCAUUGCGUACUGGGAUGCCACCCGGGCCUUCAUGAUUCUUUCCCUGCUGGCUUGUUUCAUCGGCAUUGUGAUCGGUGUCAUGGCCUUCAUCCACUACUCCUCCUUCGACGGGUUUGACAAGACAUUUGCAGCUGGCAUCCUGUUCUUUAUCUCCUGCUUCUUUGUGUUGCUGGCCAUGGCUGUCUACACAGGAGUGACAGUGAACUACUAUGGUAAACGCUAUGGCAGCUGGCGAUUCUCCUGGUCCUAUAUAAUGGGCUGGGUGGCAGUGGUGCUCACAUUCUUCUCAGGUAUCUUCUACAUGUGUGCCUAUCGGAUGCACGAAUGCCCAAGAAACUCUAACUCACGCUGACCUGCCAAAAACUUCAACACACACACACAAACACCACGCACACACAAAGGCACAGCGGCC